CCACGGUGUCGUAACUGAUCGUGAACCGAAUCCCGUUGCUUCGUGCUUCUACAGAAUGUACAAACAUGGCAUCGGUAGCCGCAUUCGGUCUUUAUUUAGGAAACACCUCAGCCUGUUUGGCGAUAUUUAAGGAUGACAACGUUGACGUCGUCGCAAACGAAGCCGGCGAGCGAGUCACCGCGGCUGUGGUCGCCUUCAACGAAACCGAAGAGGUGAUCGGCUUGGCGGCCAAGGCCGGACUUUUCAGGAAUGGUCCGGUCUCUGUAUUGAACAAUAAGAGAUUAAUGAAUAAAAACAUUGACGAGACGGAGCUGGAGUUAGCAGUAAAGAGUAGCACCUGUAAAAUAAUAACAGAGAAAGACACAGUACAAUAUUUAAUAAAGAGGAAUGAAAGGAUGGAGAAAAUACUUCCCGUCGAAGUUGCAACUAGAAUAUUCGAGGUCAUGUACAGUAUUUCCACUACCGCAGCACAUGAUGACAAUGAGCACAACGUCGUACUUUGCGUUCCGCUCAGAUUCAGUUCUGCUAGCAUUCAAAUGUGGAGCAAAUCUGCCUCCUCUGCUGGGUUCAGAGUUCUACAAGUUAUUAGCGAACCUGCGGCUGCGUGUUUGGCCUAUGGGAUUGGUCAAGACAGAAAAGAGUCAGGAUACGUGCUAGUCUACAGAAUAGGAGGUGUGAGCAGUGAGAUCACGUUGGUCAAAGUAGUCAGUGGCAUAUACCAGAUUGUAUCGACGUCGUACUACCACGAUUUAGGUGGUAACAAGUUGACGAAAAUUUUAGCUGAAUAUUUGGCAGGCGAGUUCAUGAGUAAAUGGAAAUUGGAUCCAAUGGAGAGCAGGAGAUCAAUGUCAAAGUUGAAUAUAGCCGCAGAGACGUGUAAACAUGUUUUGUCGACAAUGUCGACAGCGCACUGUUUUGUAGAAUCUUUGUGCGACGGAGUUGAUUUUAGCUAUAACAUAACUAGAGCUCGUUUUGAGAACUUGAUAAAUUCAAAUAUAUCGGAGUAUAUUGCACCCGUCGACAAAAUAUUAAAAGAAACAAAACUGGGCACAGAUGAUAUAAGCAAGAUUAUACUCAGCGGAGGUACAAUGAAGAUUCCAAAACUUCAGGAGAAAAUUGGCGCCCUUUUCUCUAACGGUGAAGUGUGCAGUGGAAAAUGGAGCCCUGACGAAUGUAUGGCGAUAGGUGCGGCUAUGCAGUCAGCCCUUCUGCUUUCCCAUGGAACGUGGGAUGAGAGUUUACAAUCCACAAACAUGGAAGUAAACGCCUUGCAGAAAUCCCUUUACAUACAAAUCGAAGAACUCAAACCAAUUAUUAUACCGGCAAAAACAGUCGUACCUAUAAAGCUACAAACACGUAUAGACGUACCUGAGGUCAAAGAUGGAAAAAUAAACCUCAAAAUAUACGAACAAGACUCGGAGGAUGUAGCAAGCCAAAAAAAAAUCGGACUGAUUUGCAUACCAGCCAACAGCGGAGCUCAGCUGAAAGUUGAUACGGAUUUAACCGAGGCCAGUUUACAUGUAAAUAUAACUGAUGCUAAGUCUGGCCAAAAAUCAUCGUUUCGUUUUGGCAUACAUGAAGAUGAUUCCUAACUAAAUUUGACCACUUAGAGUUUUAACUUAUGUAAUUAUAUUAUUAACUGCCCUUAAUUACUGUUGAAAUUUUAAUAAAUUCAGCAAUCAUUUCGUAAGUAAAAUGUUCAUUUGCCAUUUCCUGAAAUUAAUAAAUUAUUAGAUAUCACAAUAAUUUCUAUACCUCAGAACGGGCAUAAAUUUUUGGUAUUGAAACAGCAUAAUAACACUCAGCACGCAUUUAGUAAAACAAAAAUAUACAUAUAUAUAUAUAUUUACUAUUUACAUUUUAAAUUAUACAGGCAGUGGUAAGUAAAGUUAUUAUUCUGCAAAAGUAAAUGUCGUUGAAUAGUUUUGGGGUAAAGUAAGUACGCAUUAAAAUUAUAAAAAUUAUAUAUUAUUUUUCCUGCGAUUCAACGUUCGUUUUCUUCAAUCUUUAACAAAUUUCAAUAUCAAGCAAUAUUUGACACAUCUGGUUGUGUAAAUUACGCUGAUUAGAAAUUUUUAUCACUUUUCUAGAAUUGAUGCAAACGUUGAUUUGGUGUAUUUCCGUCAACUUUUUAGCGCUAUGGGCUCACGAUUUAAAGCUUAAACUGCAUAACUCAGUAAAAUAGCUUUGUAAUUCGAAUUUUUUUUGAUCAUUUCUUGUAGUGUAUUCUUGUAUAACUAACAUUUUCUAUUAUCAAUGAAAUUCACUUCAAAUUGAGUCUCGUUGUAACUAUUGCUUGUAUUUAUAAAAGGACAAUUUUAUAUAAAAACAAUAAAAA